AUGGCCGAGGAAAUCGACUAUGAGGCGCUAGGGUCCAAGGCUGGUCUCGGGGUCAACAUGCUAGCUGGAGCACUGGCUGGCAUUACGGAGCAUGCAGUUAUGUUCCCCAUAGACACCAUGAAGACGCGUAUGCAAGUCUUUGCAACGUCCCCAGCAGCGGUGUACACUGGCAUAGGCAAUGCGUUCACGCGAAUAUCAUCUACUGAGGGCAUGCGGGCAUUGUGGAGGGGCGUUUCUUCGGUCAUUCUGGGUGCCGGCCCAGCUCAUGCUGUUCACUUCGGAAUGUAUGAGGCCAUUAAGGAGCUGGCGGGGGGCAACGACGAGGCGAAAAACCAGUGGCUGGCGACAUCAUUUGCCGGUGCUUCGGCUACGAUGGCCAGUGAUGCCCUCAUGAACCCAUUCGAUGUGAUUAAGCAGCGAAUGCAAGUUCACGACUCACAAUUUCGUUCCGUGUUCACUGCCAUGAAAACCAUCUACCGGUCCGAGGGUCUAUCUGCGUUCUACGUCUCAUACCCGACGACUUUGACAAUGUCUGUUCCAUUCACGGCGAUCCAGUUCACAGUGUACGAACAGAUCAAAAAGAUGCUCAAUCCUUCCAACCAGUACUCUCCGGUGACCCAUAUGAUUGCCGGUGGACUUGCCGGUGGUGUCGCUGCUGGGGCGACAACGCCAUUGGAUGUCGCAAAGACGUUGCUCCAGACACGAGGAUCGUCGAAAGACCCAGAAAUCCGGAGAGUUGGUGGCAUGGUCGACGCUUUCCGGAUUAUCUUGAAGAGGGACGGGCUUAAAGGCUUUAGCCGGGGUUUUACUCCACGAGUUUUGGCGCAUAUGCCGAGCAACGCAUUAUGCUGGCUGUCAUAUGAGUUCUUCAAGGUCGCUAUGCGGGAGUGA